AUGGCCAUAAACAACCAUGCUUUUCCGCUGACGGCAAUUGACCGCGAGAUCCUUGCCAUGAACGACGCCGACUUUUCUCUUGUCACAUGGGAAGAACUCAAGGAAAUUAUUGCUGCCAAUCGCCUGGAAUUGCUAAAACGUCGUCCUUCGGACCUUCGUCGUUAUAUUGCAUGGUCUUCGGAAACCAAAGCAGAGUAUGGUACCAUUACAAACUUCGUCCUUCAGAAGCGUCUACACUGGACCCCUUUGCCCUCUUCGACUCCUGGUGAACCACCUAAAUUUGAGUUCCGUAAUCCCAUGCCUUUCAAGGACCAGGACGACUUCAGAAUCUUGAAAAACGACUGGCCAUAUGGACUGGACAAAGGCAUUGUCCACAUCUGCGUCUGGGUUAAGACACCCAUCGAGACUGACCCUAACACUGGUGAUGUCACCGACCACUCCAGGUCCCUAAUCAAAGACUUUGUCCACAACACUUUCGCAGUCAAACUGGAUACUGUCUUUGGCCCAGGUAAAGGCAAGGAACACGUCCUCUGGUUCAAGAACUGGGUAGCAUUGCAGAGUGUACGUGGUGUUGACCACAUCCAUGUUCUGGUUCGUGACGCUCCAGAAAACAUGCUGGAAGAUUGGACCAAAGAAGCCUAG